AUGUACUGGAUAAAGACUGAUGAUUUAAAACAAUGCCAGAAUGCUUUGUAUCACAAGUUACAUCACACUUGUCAUGAAGAAGAAAUCUCAGGUGAGAAGUUGUAUGAAUUGUGUACAACCUUGAACUCCAGUUCACAGCUCAGGAAGCAUAAACCUAUUCACACAGGUGAGAAAGCACAUGAAUGUGGGAAACCUUUCAUCUCCCAGUCAUAUCUCACUGUGCACCAGAGACCUUACACAAUUGGCAAGUCCUAUCAAUGUAAUGUAUGUGGGAGCAGUUUCUUUGCAAAGUCAGAUCUUAAGACAAAUCAGAAAAUUCAUACAAGUGAGAAGACAUAUGAGUACACUGAAUGUGGUAAAGUCUUUAUCUUUCAGUCAGAUCCCACUGUGCAUCAGAGAACUCACACAGGUGAAAAGCCACAUGAAUGUACUGCAUGUGGUAAAGCUUUCAUCUCCAAGUCAUAUCUCGCUAUGCAUCAGAGAACUCACACAGGUGAAAAGCCAUAUGAAUGUACUGCAUGUGGGAAACCUUUCAUCUCCACAUCACAGCUUACUAUCCAUCAGAGAACUCACACAGGUGAAAAGCCAUAUGAAUGCACUGCAUGUGGGAAAACUUUCAUCUUCAAGUCACAGCUCACUAUACAUCAGAGAAUUCACACAGGUGAAAAGCCAUAUGAAUGUACUGCAUGUGGGAAGGCUUUUAUUACCAAGUCAGAGCUUAAUAAGCAUCAGAGAACUCACACAGGUGAAAAACCACAUGAAUGUAUUCUAUGUGCCAAGGCUUUCAACCUCAUGUCACAACUCACUAUACAUCAGAGAACUUACACAGGUGAAAAGCCAUAUGAAUGCACUGCAUGUGGGAAAGCUUUUGUGUCCAAGUCAAAACUCAAUAGGCAUCGGAGAAUUCAUACAGGUGAAAAGCCUUAUGAAUGCACUGCAUGUGGGAAAGUGUUUACGUCCAAGUCAAAACUCACUGUACAUCAGAGAAUUCACACAGGUGAAAAACCAUAUGAAUGUACCGAAUGAGGGAAAGCUUUCAGCACCACAUCACAGCUCACUAUGCAUCAUAGAACUCACACAGGUGAAAAGCCGUAUGAUUGUACUGAAUGUGGGAAAACAUUUAUUACCAAGUCUAAUCUUAAUAAACAUCAGAGAACUCACACAGGUGAGAAGCCAUGUGAAUAUACUUCAUGUGGGGAAGCUUUCAUUACCUAG